UUACAAAAUUAUUAUGUAACCAUAAACAGAGAAAGUUUUAGAAGCAAAACUUUAAAUUUUUUCUAAUAUUACAUAUAUAGAUGUUGUAGCGACUAAUGACUGUCUCUUCGUUUAUUUUUUAGUAAUAUUUUUUAAAUGUAUACGGAAAUUUUGCAUUUCUUUGAAACAAUAGGAGGGAUUAAAAUAAGUUAACAAAGAGUUCUUUUCCUGUAAGAGUUAACGUUUUAAGGUUAAGAAUGUAUGCAUUUGGCAUUGAUAUCUUUAGCUAAAAAAAUAAAAAAAUUAAAAAAUGGAUUUUAAUAUUUUUUUCUGGAACUAACUUUACUAGUUGAAAUGCGCAAUAUCAUAGUUAGUAUCUAUACCAUAGUGUGAUCUUCAAGUUAGUCCCUCAUCAUUUCGAAAUAGUCAUGGAUGUUGACAUAGAUAUAUUUGUUGGCAAUAAUACAUUACUUGACCCUGAGAUUUACGGAAUGUGGCUUUCUGGUCAAGAAGCAUCAGACGGAGCAACUUCUCUUAUCCAUGGAUCUUUAAAAAACUUUGAUGUCGAUUAUGGUAUGUUGCUCAGUGAUGUUUUGGACCACUAUCGUACUUUCCAAAUGCUUGAGAGAUUGCUUCAUUAUCCCAAAAGAUUAACCGAACAAUGGAUAUUUCAAAUAGCACCAAGUAUUCAAAGAAUGUUGAUUGAAAGGUAUUAUGAGUUCGAUGAUGCAGUCAUUCGAGAGUUUCUGGGGAAAAAACUGUCUGCUCGCAAUCGUAAAGAUUUAGAUGAUGUUAGUGAGAAAACUGGCAUUCAAGUUAAAAGCUGUCGCAGACAAUUUGAUAACGUGAAACGAGUCUAUAAAGUUGUUGAAGACACUACUACAGAUCUAGUUAACUGCAUAUGCUCAACUUUCUUACUUUCUGAAAAUCUUGCAAGGAAAUAUGCUGGAAUUAUGUAUUUAACUAAUAACAGGUGUGAAACAAGCCGAAAGAAGCUCCAAUACUUAACCUUUGAGGAUUUUCUAUUUUGUGCCAACUGGAUGAUGUGUAAUUGGUCAUGUUCUAAACUGGACUGUACUUAUGAAGAAACUGCAAUGGAAAUGGAUCGUGACUUUCUUCAAGACUUGCGUGACCUUAAACAAUUCCUUGAAAAAGAUGUCUAUGAUGACUUGAAAUCAGUUGUGUUAGGCACAAUGAGAUCAGUGCUCACUGAUAGAUUAUAUACUGAUUUGGACUCAAAUUUUAAGUUCCUUACUCGAACAUUUGUGAAUAUUGGAUCAGGUUUGAAUCACAGCAAGGAAGUUCGAGAUCUUUUUGUUGACAUUGUUGAGAAGUUCAUCGAAACUUUUCGCCAAAGCCGAUGGGCUGAAAAAGAUCUCAGAAAGCUACUUGAAACAUAUACAGAAGCUGGCACACUUACACACCUAUGUAAAAGUGAUCCACAUAUGUUAGAAGUUUGGGAAAGAUACAUGACUGUCAUGUCAAAUAUCAUUAUGAGAAUGUUUCAUACUUGACCUUCAUUUGUAAAAGCUAAACACAGGUUGCUUCUCGAAUGUCUUUCAAAGAAAAAUGCAGUUUUUGUAAUGGAGAAUGGUAUAAAUAAUUAUCUACGAAAUAUUUAAGUAAGCAAGUUUAGAAAUUCUGUCUUCCUGAUAAAAAUGCUUAAAUGAAAAAAUUGAAGCAUAAAGAAGUAUGAAGCUCACUGUUUAUUAUAUUUUAUUAUAUUACUAUUUGUAAAUCUCUCCUGAAAGUAACAAGCCUUACAAAAUGGAGUUAUGAUUAGUUUUACCAAUUGUAUUAAAUAAAGUUUUAAAGAAAAGAUCUCAAGUAGCACUCCUAGUUAACCCAUUUCACUGUAGUUGCCGAAAACUGUGAGGACUCAAUAACAAAUCAAGCCUAAUUCAAUUUAGUAUUUUUAUAAAAAAAGAUGGAAUGGACAAUUGUAAUUAUUUGGUUUGAAGAAUUAGUAUAUUGCAUUAGGAAGUAAGUAAUUUUGUAAUGUUAAUAAAUGCUUUUAAGGCUUUUUAAUUUAGUUUUAAUCUCUUAGUAUUCAAAUUGAGAAUAAAAGAAUUCGUGAUGCUAUUUUAAUUAAAGUCAAUGAAGAAUUUUACUUUGUAUGUCGACAAGUUGUGAUAAUAAGUGUAUAUUUGUAUAUUAAUUUCAAAUCUCAGUGUUUUAUUAUAUUAUUAAAUUAAUUGCUUACUCUGUUGUUUGUUCCUGUUCUCACAUGAAUUUUGUAACAUUUGAAAUGUACAGUGAUUUAUUAUGCCUAGUGAUAUGUUUUCUUAAAAAUGUAAAGUUAAAUUGCAUCAAAAUUCUGUUCAGAUAAGUACUUUUUUAAAAUAUAAUACAAUUCCUUUUUUCGUUCUUUUGGCAAAACAGUUAUUUCUCUAAAACCUACACAAUUCCUUUGUUUUUAAUGGCCUGAAUAUUGGGAUGGAUAUUUAGAUAUCCAUGCAAAAUUUUAUAAUUACUGAAAGCAUUUCCUUCCUAACUUUUUAUGUACAGCUAAGUUUUUUUGUGUUCAUUCUGUCGAUGUAUCUUUCUUUCUUUCUUUGUAGUGUUGAUCAACUUAAAAAAUUGACUCCUUAAAUAAAAACUUGGACUAUACUUUCUUUCUUAAUCACACAAAUAUUAAAUAAGGAGUCAUUUUGUUAAUUUCUAAAAGGAAAAACUACCCAUCUAAGAUUAUUUUACUUCUAAAAGGGGUGAUAUGUUACAUUGUUUAUUCUAAAAUUCUAAUACAUGCAUCAAUUCUUGCAAAAAGUAACCAACUCAUCUAUUUUUUGAUGAAAUCCAAUCAGAUCUGGAGCAUCCACAAAUGCUUGAAAAGUCUUUACAAAUAUUGUUUUAUUAUGUUUCGGUGAAUAUUCAACACUUUCAUCUCCUUGUCACCAACAUAAGCAAAUCAGUCAUACUUGUGUUACAUUUACAAAAGUAAUUUUCAGACGAAUAUUUUUUAUCAUAAGUUUACUGUCAUUAAACUUGAUUCUAAAUGCUUAUAAUUAAAUGUAGAUGAAAUUUGGGAGAAAUUUGUUUUACUUGACUCACUAUAUGCUAUGUUACACUUUCAAAUUAGAAUAAUUCAAUUGCAGUAAUUUUCUGAUUAUAAAUUUAUAAGUCAUAAAAGACAGGGUAAGAAAUAUUGUCAGAAAACAGAAGAAAAUUAAUAGACUUGUUUAAUUUAAUUUCUCCUCAAUUAAAAAUUGUCUAGACAAAAUUUCCUUAGUUUUAAAUUUUUAAAAAUUAAUUCCAUAUGUUUUAUGAACAAAAUUGUGUUAUUGGGCUAUUACAGUUUUUGUAAGGAAAUUUAAUUUGAACUAUCAUAUCAUAUUUGGUAAGAUUUUUUGAAAAAUCUCUAUUUAUCGUAACUUAGCUCUUCUUUUUUAAACUAAAGACUUAAGAAAAUCAAUGUUUUUCAAUGUGAUAUAACAUCUAAAUCUCAGAUGUAUCAAAAUUGUUCUUGAAUUAUUCAAAGAUAAAACUAUUUUUUUCAUUCUGUUGACAAAUAAUCUUUUGAAACAAUAAAUUGAGUCAAAGAUGAAAAUUGGGAGUUAUGUAUAGUUAAGUUAACACAUUUACUUUUAGGAGCUAAGGUAGUUUAGUUAUUUAUGUCUAAAAGAAGAUAACAUUUUUCCUCAAGUUUUAGCACUAAAUAUAGGCAAAAACAGAACAGUUCAAGAUUUUCAAUUUCGUAUGAAGCUUGGAUUUCACUAAAAAAAUCAAUAUUGUAUAUACUAAUGAGUUUAUGUUCCUUUCUAUAGAGAAAGAGAAACAUUGUGGGGUCGGAAUUCUUUCUUCUUCAAGCUUUAAAGUGGCUGUCAUGCAGGUGCAAAUUAAUUUAUUUUUAUUUUUUUCUUUAGAGUGUAAUGAAGUUUAAUACCUUAUUUUUCUGGUUGAUAGGAAUGUAUAAAACUUUCUCAAGCUUUUGUGUUUGCUUCAGUAGAGAAUUGUUGGAAGUUGCUCUCUUUUACAUUUAUUUUUAAUCUAUCACUUCAAUUGCAAUCUCCUGUACAGUCCUCCUGUAUCUCAGUAUUUGAUAAUAUUUUCAUAGAUUUCUCUUCUGAAAAUACUAUCAUAUAUUGCAAAAAAGUUCUGUAUUUUGUACAAAUCUUACUUUAUAUCUGAGCAAUAAAAAUUGGUUGAAAUUUU